GCUCGCUCAACUAUAUAUGCCCAGCUCACUUCUCCACUCACUCCUCACCCCCAUAGAAGCCUACAUCCUCUAAAUCCUAAAUUGGUCUUUAUCUUGUUCUUCCCCCUCAUCUUGCUCUUUUUCCGGGUUCGAAAAAAAUGGGAGUGAUCACAUACGAGAUGGAGAUAAGCUCGAAAAUCCCACCGGCCAGGAUGUUCAAGGCCUUCGUGCUCGACGCCGACACCGUCAUCCCUAAGAUCCUCCCCCAGGCCAUCAAGAGUGUCGAGGUCCUUGAAGGUGAUGGUGGAGCCGGCACCAUCAAGCUCAUCACCUUUGGCGAAGGGAGCCAGUACAAAUCAGUGAAGCACAAGGUGGACUCGAUCGACAAGGAGAGCCUCACCUACAGCUACUCCAUCAUUGAGGGUGAUGCCCUUUCGGACAAAAUCGAGAAGAUCUCCUACGAGGUCAAGAUCGAGGCGUCCUCCGAUGGGGGAUCAGUCUGCAAGAACACGAGCAAGUACUACACAGUCGGGGAGGUCACCAUCACGGAGGAUCAGAUCAAGGCUGGCAAAGAGAAGGCCUCUGCCAUGUUCAAGGCCGUGGAGACAUACCUCCUUGCCAACCCCGAUGCGUAGACUAAGCUAAUCAAUCGUUCAAUCAGAUUGCGCUGAGAAGUUAAAAUCGAGCCUUAAAAAGUUUGUCUGCACCUUUCCUUUCGGAUUUGUGUACUUGUUAAUGAGAUGCAUAAGUGAGUUGCUCGUGAGGGCCAAAGGGCAUAUAAGUGUUGUAAUAAGUUUCAAAGAGUGUGUUUUGGUGUGAGAAAUAUAUACUGGGAUUGCUGUUAAGAUUUGUAAAUUCAAGUUAAUUUUCAGUACUUUACCUCA